AUGGCGAGGAGGGCGAGGCUCGGAAGGAGAGGAAGCGUGAGCCCCUGCAUCUUCUUCCUGCUCUCAUCCCUUCUGCAAGUCGUUCCUUCUUCUGAUCUCAACCAUCAUGUCUCCAUCGACCAGAUCCGAACGCUCAGGCUGCAGAACUUGGCAAGCCUCGCCGCCCUCCUCAUGCACGGAGAAGCAUCGUCGAUGAACAGAAGCUGCAGCAAACCUGAUCCUCCCAGUCCGACGAUGGAAUCGCACUUGUCGGGCCAGCAAGACCUUGCCUUUCUUCAAAGCGAAGUUCGGAGACUGAAAGCUGAAAACGAGAUGCUGCGCGCUAGGAGCAACCUUCAAGACAAGUCAGAGACCAGAGACGAAGAGGACUCGAACUCCUCUUCCUUCUUUGAUCGGAUCGCUCUCCAAGCCAGCAUAGUAGAGCAGGCGAUCCAGAGCGAGGGAAAGUCGAAUGCAAGAAUCGCCACCGUACUUGCCGACGAAAGUCUGUCUCGAGCAAUCGUGCAGAAGCUAGAAGAGAAGGAAGUCCAAGAGCUCGCCCGCGCAGACUUAGAGCACGAGGGGUCAGGCGCCUCCCAGCCGACUGAACUCGGCUACCAUGUAGGCCGCAAGGCAACAAAGGCAGGGGGUGAGGGGAGAAGCUGGUCAAGGUUUGCUUCGAGAGGGGAAAAGUCGUUGCUGUCGCAGCGAAGACAACAGAUCAUCGUGUGGCUCUUGUGGAAUACCUGCAUACGCGACCAGAAGAACCCGGCAGGUUUUCUCUCUCUCUGCCAGCAGCUAUACGAGCAAGGUAUCUUGGACUCAGUGACUUUCCUCAAGGACCUGCCGGCACUUCAGAAUCAGUUCUCCACAGCCUUUCAGAACCUGUUUGGAAGUGACAGCACAAACCUCUACCCUAAGGCCCUGCCGCUCGACGAUUCUAAAAAGAUCGCCUCUAUCGUCCCUAGCGUCAACGACCCUAGGAUGGACGUUGAGAUGAGGGCCCUGCAUCCUAACUUCAGCCCCACAAGAUAUGAGAAAGACUUCGACGAGCUGGGAGUGCUCGGUAGUGGAGCCUUCGGCAAGGUUACAACAGCUCGCCACAAGAUCGAUGGACAGGUCUAUGCGAUCAAGAGAAUAAGGAUCAAACCAGUCAGCCUAGAAUCUUUUCGAGCAGCUUCGGUGGCGAGACGACUGCAGAAACGAGUUCUAUCAGAAGCGAAGAGCAUCGCGUCUCUCAGUCAUCCCAACAUUGUGCGAUACUACAGCUCUUGGCUGGAGGUCAACUGGGUUUCCAACUUUGCCACGACUAUUGAACCCGAGGAUGACAGAUCGGCCAAGACGAGCAACCAACCCAACCUGGUGCAUGAGGAAGAGACGCAACAAGUGGAUCUGUAUGAGAGGUUGCCCACGUUUGUAAAGGCUCACUCCAGCUCUUCGGAGUCGGAAGAGGAUGAGAAUGAAUCGUUCAAGAUGCGAUCUCACGUCAAGCCUGCUGAUUCCGAUGCUGCAGCUGUGAGCACACAAGUCAACCCAACCAAUGAGAAGAUGCUGAUGCAGCACAAAGGGGGUGAAGAAGCGAAGGAAUGGGUCAGCGGCUUGGGAGCAGACAUGGAAGUUUUCAUUCAGAUGGAGCAUUGUGGGUUCAUAACCAUGGAGACGGUUCUGUUUCGAACCUCAAUGAAUCCACUGGUUGCCGUCUCGUUGAUCAUUCAAGUGCUUCGAGGAGUCAAGGAGGUACAUCUGCACGGACUGAUCCACAGGGACAUCAAGCCGGCGAACCUCUUUCUCACUCACGGCACCGAUGACUUCGGUGAUUGUACUGUCGUGAAGUUGGGAGACUUUGGGCUUGCGACCGCGUCCUGCAUUGCGCUCGCCUACGAGGACGUGGAGACUUUGAAAGAUUCCGACGCGCACGAGACGCAAAACUUUCACCUGCUGCAGCACACGGCAGGCGCUGGGACUCCGACGUACAUGGCACCGGAGCAGAGCAAGAGCAAGAAGUACGACGAGAAGUGCGACAUCUAUGCUGUGGGAGUAGUGUUCCUUCAGCUGAUGGCAUCGUUCAAGACAGCAAUGGAGAGGGUCGACGUUCUCAACACGGCCUAUCAGAUCGGUCAGAUCACAAGCAACCCUCAAGAAAUACCCCUUCCCAAGUCUGUCACCGCCCAGCCUCGCAUAGCCACUUUGAUCCGUCAGAUGCUUGCCAAGGACCCUUCUCUCCGCCCUGCAGCUGAUGCAGCCCUUCAGGAGGUGAGGGAGAACGACUUGCAGUGUAUGUGA